UUAAAUUUUUUACAAAGCAAUGAUUAAUUUUAUUACAAAACAAAAACUUUUUAAUCGACAUUAUUUGGAAAAGCGUGUGGAGAAGCGUUAUAAAGUUAGUUGAAGUUUUCAAUGUGGGUAAAAAUAUGACGACGCGAAAUGAUUUCAUUCUCAUCGGUGCAGGUCUCCCUCGAAAUGGAACUUAUUCAACAAAAACUGCUUUGGAGAUUCUUCUCCCUGGUAAAUGCCAUCAUAUGUAUAGGGCUUUGGCUUUCCACCAAAAAGAAUGGAUACGUAUCCUAAACGAUGAAAUGUCCGACGACGAAUUUAAAGAUUUUUUUCUUUCAAAUGGAGACGUUGCGGGAGUUGAUGCGCCUGUUAUUUUAGUUUAUCAAAGAUUGAUGAAAGUAUUCCCAAAUGCCAAAGUGCUAUUAAAUAUACGUGAACCGAAAUCCUGGGAAAGAUCAAUGAAUGAAACUAUUAUUAAAAUGGCUGAUGAUGACCAAUUUCCAGAAUGUAUUUUUCUCAGUCUGGGAUUCUUCAAAUCCUAUCUUAUGCCUACUAAACUGAUGCAAAGAGCCUUAUUCCAAACAGAGCGUUCUCGAGAGAUGAUAUCGUCCCUAAAGAGCGGUAACGGUGUAGCGUAUUACAACAGAUGGGUUGAAGAAGUUAAGCGGAACGUACCCGAAGAGAAGUUACUUGUGUAUAGUGUUAAAGAAGGCUGGGAACCGCUGUGUAAAUUCCUGAAUGUUCCAAUUCCUGAACAGCCUUUUCCACACACCAAUGACAGCCAAUCUUUUCAUGAACGGACUGGUAGGAAUCACAGACGUUCCAUGAUACUUUUGUAUGAGCUUGUAUCAAUUCCAAUUGCAAUGUAUAUGUUUUAUAAAGCUUCGAUGCGAAAUUAAAUUUUGGUUUGCAAUAAACUGUAAUGUUAAGGUUUUACAUUGGUUAUUUUAUCACUAAGCCAGCAGUAGUAGUAGCUGAAAGUUCUAAAAUCAUGGUAAGCACAGAAAAUUAAAAAGUAAAUUCAGGACAUUUUAGGACAAAUUUGUUUGAUAUUACAAGAUAAUUUCAGACAAUUGUUAGCCGUAAAAAUCACAAGCUCUAUAAAACCUUGACAUAAUGAAAUCUAGAAAUAUUUGUGGACCACUGGAAGCCAAAUAUGUUGAAGCAUUUUACAAACUUCGUUUUUAAUUAACCCUUUUAAUCUUGUAAGCCAUAGAGCGGUUCUCUGGAUCCCUAAUGUUCAGGCCUAAAGCUUGCAAAAUAUUUCCAAAAAAAUGACUUUUUUUCCCACUUGGAAAAUGUAAUUGAUUUUAAUCUAGAACACUUUUCGACUGAAUAUAAUUAGGUCCAUCCAACAAGAAAUACAGACUUUGUUUUUGUUAUUGUUA